AUGGAUUUUUAUAGUUAUCGUUUGUUUGAGCGACCUACAGAGUAUUCAAAAAUUUUGAGAGGUGGAAAACUAUUCCAAGAAUUUUUGGUAGAUGCUUGGGUUGCAACUGAGCAAAAUCGGUUGACGUACUACAAGCUUAAUCAAAGAAAAAUUUGGUCUGAACUUUACCAAGAUUUAAGCAAUAUUGAUCUAGAUGACUUGGGACCUAAUCAAAUUGGUCAAAGGUUUAUUUUUCCAUCUUCAUUUAUUGGUAGUCCUAGACAUAUGUGUGAAAUAUUUCAAGAUUCAGUGGCUAUCACGCGAUGCAACCAGCACCCAUAUAUUUUUCUCACCAUGACUGCAAAUCCCAAUUGGCCAGAAAUUACUUCAGCAUUAUUACCACACCAAAAAGAUAUUGAUCGUCCUAAUUUGAUUGCCCGUGUUUUUGAGCUAAAAAGAAAGUGUUUGAUGAAGGAGAUAGAGGCAAACAAAGUGUUCGUUUGUGUUGGAGUGAGAUAUGUUAAGUAUAUACAUAAGUAUAUUGACAAGGGUUAUGAUCGCACAACAAUGGUUUUGGGAUUGAUUAAUGAGAUCCAACAAUAUCUUGAUGCGAGCCUUGGCUAUAUUGUUGUUACCGUGGCUUCAUCUAGAAUUGCAUCAUUGCUAUUAGCAGGAGGUCGCACUGCACAUUCAACAUUUUCCAUUCCAUUGGAUGUCUUGGAAAAUUCAGUUUGUGCGUUUAGCAAGCAAUCAUUACAGGCUGAAUUGUUUAGAGAAACAAAACUCAUAAUUUGGGAUGAAGUUCCUAUGCAACAUAGACAUUGUGUUGAGGCAAUUGAUCGCACACUUCGAGAUAUUUGUGAUUGUGAAAAGCCAUUCGGGGGUAUCACUAUUGUUCUUGGUGGAGACUUUUUGUGA